UUUAUAAAAUUAUCAGGUGUUGUUUUUAUAUAAAAAGAGACACAUCAAAUCCAAAGGGUUUUUUUUUGUAUUCUUUCAUUUUCUUACAAACAUGUCUCAGCCUGUGAACGAGUACGAUCUGAUAAUUGUAGGUGCUGGUGUUGUAGGUUGUGCAGCCGCAAAAGCAUUUGGUGAAGACGGUCGCAAGGUGCUCUUGCUUGAACGGGAUCUAAGCGAACCUGACAGGAUCGUUGGUGAAUUGAUGCAACCAGGAGGAAUUCAGGCUUUAAAAGCAUUGGGCAUGGAAGAUUGUACUGAAGGUAUCGAUGGCAUCGCAUGUUACGGGUAUGGUGUGUACCGCGAUGGCGAAUCAGUGGAACUUCCAUACAGUAUGGACUCCUCCUCUGGCAAGCAGUUUCGUGGAAUAGCCUUUCAUCACGGCCGCUUCAUUCAAAAGCUACGACAAUCUGCCAAAGUCGCGCCAAAUGUGACAGUAAAGGAAGGGACAGUGACACGCCUUUUGGACCAGGAUGAAAGAGUUAUUGGUGUUGCAUCAUAUGACAAGACAAAAGACAAAGAAGAAGUGUACUAUGCUCCUCUGACCCUAGUAGCAGAUGGUAUCUUUUCUAAAUUUCGAAAAGCCUUUACAGACUCUCAGACCAAAGUUCUCUCUCAUUUUGUUGGCUUUCUCUUGCACGAUUUUGAACUUCCAUAUGCUCAAAAGGCCUUCGUGGUGAUCGCUAAGCCUUCACCUAUCCUGAUGUACCAAAUCGAUCCUCAUGACACACGUAUUCUGGUAGAUGUUCCUGGUGAGCAUCUUCCCAAGGGUGAUGACCUCAAGAAAUACAUAUUGGAUGUUGUUGUUCCUCAACUACCUGAAUACAUGCAAGACAAAUUCAAGGAGGCGCUUGAAACAGAGCGCUUAAGGCCUAUGCCAAGCGGCUUCCUACCACCUUCCAUAAACCAAUGUCCGGGCACCAUCCUUCUUGGUGAUGCUCUCAACGUACGCUCACCUCUGACAGGCGGUGGUAUGACCGUUGCCUUAUAUGACGUGCUGACCUGUCGUGAUUUGCUAUCAAGAGAAAAUGUCACGUCCUUUACCGAAACUGAUCUUGUCCUGCAAGCGAUGGAUGCGUUCCAUUGGAAACGUAAAAAGUAUUCUGCCUGUAUUAACGUCUUGGCCAUGGCGCUCUAUAGCGUAUUUGCUGCUGAUGAUAACGAAAAUCUGAUGACUGUACAAAAGGGAUGCUUCGAAUACUUCAAAUUGGGCAAUGAAUGCACUCAGGGUCCUGUUGACUUGGUUGCAGGCGUCAAUCCAUCCCCUCUCUCAUUGAUCUAUCAUUUUAUUUCGGUUGUGUUGUACGCCAUUUAUAUUAUGUUUGCCAAGGGAAAUGCGAAAGACAUACCCAAGAACGUUGCCAGGGCCAUUAGUGUGCUCUAUACGGGAUAUGUUACCUUGUUUCCUUUCCUCUGGGGAGAAUUCAAAGGCUAACAUUCAUUCCCCUCUUUCUCUCUUAUAGCAUUCAUGUAGUAUUUAUCAAACUAUUUUUUCAUUUUAAAAAUAAACUAAUCUUCCAUUGUGU